AGUUUCAUCUUGAAGGCUUGUGAGAGUGUUUACUUUUGUUCACUGAAACGAUAAUUAGUGUAAACAACGUCACGUGUAACAGUGUGUGUGGUGUUGUAAGGACACGCAGAAUUGUGCAGUAGUAAGAUUAACGCAUACAGGUGCUGUCAUAACACAGUGAAAUUACCAUAACAAGCAAGAAAAUUAACGAAACUGGGACCUCAGAACUUGGGCCAGAAUUAACCUAAUCUUGGUCAUAAUGAAGAAAUAGAAAAACUUUUAACAUGAAGAAGAAGAGAGGAACCAAGAAAAUCAAGAAAGAGGUGGUUGAAAAGGAGGAGGACAACAAAGUGAUCAAAGAGCAGAAAGAAGUAUUAUCCACCGUAUCUGCCAGUGAAGGCUUGCACAAUACGACAAACUUGAGCACCAUCUUGUCCAGCUCCCUUUCAUCAGAAUCGAGUGAGGAAAACUUCCCUCUCGACCCAAUGAACGUUAGGGACAUCAGUGCCAGUAUAUCAGCAUCUGAAUUUAUCUCAUCAAGGAGGAAGGGAGAACUCUGGGAUGAGAUUUGCUCAGAGGUUGCAAGUAAUGAAAGUAGCUGAUGGUGUUGUAACUUUUUCUUCUUUUUCUUUUUCCUUUUGUGAUGUAAAUAAUUGAUAGUACAGUGAUUAAGUGCAUUUAAUGAUUUUGAUCUUUUGAGUAAGUGUUUGUCAUGGAGUGCUUCUGGACUGAUACCAAAGAAAAAGACUGAAUGAUUGUCGUAAGGAAUUCCAAGAUGAUCAGUUUUAUGUCAUGAGCUCCAUCAUAAGAGCUAGAACGGUACCUUCUUUUGGAGGACUCUUGAUUUGACAUUGAGAGAACAUUUCCCUGAGUGGAUGCCCUUCCAAACCUUGGACCAUAGCCAGGCCUUGAACCUCUGUGCUUUGAGACCCAGCUAUACUUUGUUACCAUUGCACUACAACUGCCCCUAUAGCACAUCAUCAGUUUUGAGAUACUGAAGCUUUGGUGGCUGAUAACAGUGCUAAAGAUAUUUAUAUAAUUAAAGUUAUUUCUCUCAGGACCAAACUAAUGCAAGAUGACAGACAGAGUGGUGGUACUCUUAGACAUGGACUGCUUCUAUGUGCAGGUGGAGGAACGGGACAACCCUCAGAUAAAAGGGGUCCCGGCCGCCGUGGUUCAGUACAACUCUUGGAAGGGUGGUGGAAUUAUUGCUGUCAACUAUGAAGCCCGAGCCUUUGGUGUCAAGAGAGGAAUGCGGGGAGACGAAGCUCGUGGGAAGUGCCCUGACAUCCAUCUGGUUCAGGUGCCUGUAAAUCGUGGCAAGGCUAACCUCACCAAGUAUCGAGAUGCUGGUAAAGAGGUUAUAAAGGUUCUGUGUGAGUUCAGUGACUGUGUUGAGAGAGCCAGCAUAGAUGAAGCCUAUAUUGAAUUAACACAAACAGUAGGAGAGAGGAUCCAGAAGAAUAAGGGUACCCGCAUUACCGGUGAUAUGCUGAAGUCAAGCUGGGUUGUUGGAUAUGAUAAGACUGAGGAUGGGGACCAGCAAGAAGUCAGAGAGAAGGGUGUUCUUGAAUGGUUAAACAAUGUUUUUGAAAAUGAAGAGGAUGCAGCUUUGCCUCUUGAUUCCAACCAUCCCCACUGGGAUAAUGUAAGAUUAGCUUAUGCAGCACUUAUUUGCGAGGAGAUGCGAGCAGCUGUUUUGGCACAAACAGGGUUCAAAUGUUCAGCAGGGAUUACUCACAAUAAGAUGCUUAGCAAAUUGGCAUGUGGUCUUCACAAGCCAAACCAGCAGACUGUCCUACCACAGGAUGAAGUUAGCCAACUUUGGGACGGUUUGCCUGUUGGAAAAGUACGUCACCUAGGAGGAAAGCUUGGCGACUCACUCACUGAGGAGAUGGGCUGCAACACAAUGGGUGACCUGGGAAAGUUGUCUCUCCAGCAACUAAUCGGCAGAUAUGAUAAUAAAACAGCGCAUUGGUUGUUCAACCUUGGCAAAGGAGUGGACGCAGAACAAGUCACUUCCCGCCAGUUGCCUAAAAGUAUUGGCUGUGGCAAAAAUUUCCAAGGAAGGGAGGCACUAAAUACACAAGAGAAGGUGCAGAAGUGGAUGCGCAGUCUUUCUGAUGAAUUGUCAGAGAGGUUAAUGAUGGAUCAGACAGCAAAUAAAAGAAGAGCAAAGACAAUUACAGUUAGUGUGAGAUUAGAUGGAGAUGAACGAUGGACUUCCCUCUCGAGAUCGUGUAAUCUGCCGUCGUACAGUGCAGAGCGCAUAACCCAAGUAGCCAUCUCACUCAUUCAGCACACCAAUGAAGCGCCACCAAAGGAUUCAGUGUGGUCACCAGCCAUCAAGAAUAUAAGUCUCUCGGCAGGAAAGUUUGAGGACUGGGCUGGAGCUGGUUCAGGCAAUAUCCAAGAAAUGUUCAAGAGAGCUGCAAAAGCAAGUAUAACUUCCACAGUGCCAUCAUCACUAGUGACAGACUGGUCAAUGGAUGAAAGUUUAAUUAGUAUAGAGAAUAAAAGAACACAGUGUUCUUCCCAUGACUUCUCUAUGGAAAGUAAUUUAGUUCAUGAGGCUAGUCCACUAGUGAAGGAAAAUACCUUGGCUAAAACAAAAGUAAUUCCAAAAGAUAACCUUGAACACAAUCCCAAAAAGCCACAGGAUGUAGGUGCAGGUUCAAGUAAUUCAUUUUUCAGGAACUUUCUCUUGCGAAAACAGAUGAAGUCGUCAGAUGUGAGUGAGGAAAAAGAGACUUUGGCAAAUUCAGUCCCUGGUGCAGACAAUAUUCAGGUAGAUGAAUCUGCUGAAGAAGGUGAAAAUGCAGAUCUUGACCUUUUAGUAAGUCAAUUAGAAGAAAAUGAAAAGGGUGAGGAAGCAGAUAAUGGCCAGGAUAAUAAUAGUGAAAUUGAUAGUAAUAGUGAUGAUGACUCUAUAUAUCAAGCUUCGACUGAUAUUGAUUCAAGUUUUGCAACUCAGAAUAAUGCUAGUCAAGAUCUCUUUAUGGAUUAUGAUAUCAGUAAUGAGGAAAAAGGAAAUGUGCAGGUACAAGUUGAAAUUGAUGAAGCAAACAUUGAUCCUUUAGAUAACUAUGAAGCAGAAAGGACUCUGGAUGGACUUCAAGGAGAAGCACAGAUUGGUCAUAAUCACAAUUUAGAAACAAACAGCGGGUCAAAAGUGUCGGUUCAUGAACUCUUCCCAGAUCUAGAUAAUUUUGAUGAAUCCUUGUUGCCCAUGUUGCCAAGUGACUUGAGAACUGAAGUAGAAAAAGCUCUUGCAGCUCAUAAGGUAAGAACAGAAGUCAAACCAAAAAAGACAGGCUUAUGGAAAUAUGUCACAAGCAGCCCAUCCAAAAGCACAUCAUCUCCUAACAAGCAAGCUACAAGUACAUCUGUCACACCACAGAAUAACAGGAGUGUUAUUGAAGAAGGAUCUCCACAAUCAAGUACUUGUAUGGCAUAUGUGAAUGGAGGUAUCCAAAAGGCCUCAAAAGUUCUUAUGAACUGUCAUGAAAGUCCUAAAACUGUAGUACAGGAAAGGACAAAGUCUGUUGGAAGUGUUCAGAAUAGUGAUGACACAAUGGAGUGUGAAGAGUGUGGUGCGCAAAUAUCUGCAUUUGACAUGCCAGAACACCUUGAUUUUCAUGUAGCUCUGAAACUUCAAACGGAUAUGAGGCAGGAAAUGAGACAAGAUUCUGAGGGCUCAACACCAAGGACCAAUAGAGACCUCAGCAGGAAUUUAAGAGGAAAAAAGAGAGGGAAACCAAGUAAAGGGGAGGUUUUAAGUAAAUCAAGCAAAAUUCAAAAAUUGGAUUCAUUUUUUAGAUAGAAAGUUAUCAGAGUAUGUUACCAAGGUUUAUCAUGCUAGUUUUUUAUCAAAGGUUUGCCCGUAGGGAAUGUUCUGAAUAUUUUCAAUUUCAGUGUUCAUUUCCAUAUCUUGGUCAUUAUAUUUUAUCAUGGGAGUUUUUGAUGCAAAGCAUUUGUACCAGAUAGACAUAUAAUUACUCACUUGUAAAGAAAAUCUUUUAUUAAGUAUUUUAUCUCCAGAAUGAUUCAGAGAGAGAAGUCAUAGCUAACAUGGCAGUUUUCAUUUAUAUUUUGCAAAGACCUUUUAAUGAACAUACUUGUUGAUAGGUCGAAGGCCCCAGGAGAGCUAAACUAAUACCAGUUACACAAAUGGGUUUUAUCCCCAGGUGCAUAUAAAGCAACUAUUGUAGUAACUCUGGCAUACCAAUUAUAUUUUGCCAGCUGAAGAGUUAUACUGUAGUAAAGCAAAAACAAUAUUGCACAUUAAAACUGUUGCUUGAUGCACAAAUAUUUAUUUAUACAAAUAUAUUUUUUAAUGUUAACUAUUUAUUUCCUGUGAUAUGGCCUUAUAAAAAGGAUAAACUGAAAUAAAUUAUUAACCAAAUGUAAGAUUUGAAAUUAAACAUAAAUAAUAUAUAACUGCCUAGGACAAAUUAAUUAAUGUGCAAUCAUCAGAAGUUUACUCACAUAAUGUAACCAAAAAUAAGAUGUAUGAAAGCAAACAAAUAUUUUUGUUCUUCAUUACGUGUAUGAAAGCAAACAAUUACUUUAUUCUUUAAUACUGAUUUUUUCAUUUUCCUUGAAUCCCCUCAGGUAUGUCUAAUUUUCAGGUUAUAUACAGAUCAGCCUUUUGCUCCCUCUAGAUAUUUUUUUCAGGUUAUUGGAUAGACAGUAUUACAGUGACUCAUCAGCAGCAUCCAUUGACCACAGAUGGAUAAAAAAUAAAUCAAAUUGAAUUUAAUAGUACAUUUAGUGUAGCUGCAAUUCUUCAUUAUUGGAAAAUGAUAAUAUAGAUCAAAUAAGUUGGAAUCCUUACAUUGCAAAAUUUGGUGGGUCAUAAGCUAGCUUUAUCCAGUUGACUUUUAUUUACAGUGUACAGGGAAAUGCAUGCAAAGUGUAUUACUCAAUUCACUCACGUUCAUUAAUUCCUUCAUACCAAUAUGAACCAAGUAUUAGCUCCUUAUAGUAAGACUACAAUUCUAAUGUUUGCUCUGAUGCUUUUUACAAGGUUAAAUAGAUGUUUGACACAGGCAGUAAGACUAAUAGUUUAGUAUUACCAUAUAUCUACACAAUUAUAUGAUCUGGAAAUGAGAAUAGUUAGAUACAAAUGAUCUUACUAUUAUUAGAAGUUUGUACACUUAUAUGCAUACUACAUAUACAUUUGUGUAUAGACAUGCUAACAUAUUUACAUUGAUUACCUAUAUAAAUAUAUAUACAGAUAUUUUUUAACACAAGAAACAAAUUGUACUAGUAAAAGUAGAAGCUAAAGUCAAAGGGUAACUCGCUACAACUUCUAUCAUGGUUAUCCAACAGAACAUCAUAUAACAGCUUACUGAGUUAAUGUCAUCAGCCUUCUGAAGUAAAGGAGUUUUGUUGGAAAUUCUGUAAAUAUUUAGUCCUCCUGUUUCAAUUAACUGUUGUCUAGCUUCAAGAAAAGUAAUAGAAAAUAUUUGUAUAUGGUUACAGUAGUGUAUGUAACAUUUAUCAUUGCGUUCAUGAAAUGUUUUGCUAUAUAAAUAGAACAAGAAGAUUUCUUACAAUAAAAAUGUUCAGCAUUCAGCUUUACUUAACAUUAUACAUUAAU